GAAACUGCCAUUGUUCUUAUUUAAUUUGGCAGAACAGAUCCACAUGCAAUACAUAACCGUGCAUAAUAAGAAAAGGUCCUAACCUCUUCCCAAAGCUAACCCAUCUCCUAUAUGAUUGAGCUGGGCUAUAUGUACAUCGAACUUCCCAACUCAAUCUCUUUCCAUUGCUCAUCUGCUACCUAGAGAUGGGAGCGUCGUACCAGCCUCUGGAUCCCCACAACCAGAAGCCAUCCAGCAAAAAACCUCUCUCUUUCCUCUCCAAACCCGUCUGCGCCUGGCUCGCCUGCGGCUUCAUCUCCUUGGCCCUCCUCCACCUCCUCUGCUGCUCUCCCGCGGGCACUCAACGAACGGCAUUCUCUCCUCUGCUCCAGUACAUCAACAACACCUACUCCUUCGUCUCAUCGGUGCCUCCGCGAGGGGAUGAGAGCUGCAACUACUCGGAGGGGAGGUGGGUAUGGUCGCCAGGCUACGCGCGGCGGUACAACGCCACCGAGUGCAACGUCAAGGAGAGCCACGACUGCCUCCGCAACGGGCGGCCCGACACGGGCUACCUCGACUGGCGGUGGCAGCCGGCCGGCGGGUGCUCGCUGCCGGCGUUCGACGCCAGGGCGUUCCUCACGGCGAUGCGCGGCAAACACAUCGCCUUCAUCGGCGACUCCAUGGCGCGGAAUCAGGCCCAGUCCCUCGUCUGCCUCCUCAGCGCCGCGUUCCCGAACCGGCUCCUGUACCGGGACGCCGACCCGCGCAAGUACAACUUCUGGCGCUACGCGUUCCCGACGCACGACGUGAAGGUGUCCUUUUACUGGAACCCGUUCAUCGUCAAGGCCACGGGCAAAUCGGAGGACGAGAGCAUCCGCGAGAACCACGUGCAUCUCGACACGCCCGGCGACGGGUGGGGCGCCGACGCCGACACGAUCGACGUGGCGGUGCUCGGCGCCAGCCACUGGCUGCUGAACGGGGCCAUCUACUACAACGGCAGCGAGGUGAUCGGCGCUCAUAACGCCCCGGCCGAGCUCAACUACACUGGCGUUGGCUACGCAUGGCCGCUCAAGAUGGCGUACCGGACGGCGGUGGAGCGGCUGAGCUCAAGCCGGCCGCGCACGGUGGUGCUCGCCACGUUCUCUCCUGCUCACUUCGAAGGCAGGCCGAGCGACAGCCCCACGGCGUGCACGAAGAUGGAGCCGUACGAGGAGGGGGAGAAGGAGCUGGACUGGAUCUGCAAGGAGCUCAGGGACAUUGUCUACGACGAGGCGCAGGCCGCGAAGGUGAGGAUCGCCGGGGCAAGCGCGACGAGGAUCGAGGUGCUGGACGUGACGAAGAUGGCGGCGAUGCGGCCGGACGGGCACCCGAGCGUGUACAUGCACCGCGACCCGUUUGCGCACGGCGUGCCGGAGAGGAUGUACUCCGACUGUCUCCACUCCUGCCUGCCGGGGCCUGUCGACACCUUCAACGAGAUGUUGCUGCAGAUUCUGAGGAAGAGGCGAUGAAGCACUGAACCUUCAGUUUAGAACUUUUGCUUCUUGAAUAUACUUUAUUCUUUCAAAUACUUGUACUCUGAAAGAUUCUCUGUAAGAGAGAUUAAGCUAAACCCAGUGAUGCAACACAAAAUUUAGAGCACGCGAAAGCCAUGCAGUAGUCGACGUGUCCUUGCACAACAUCGCGAAACUCAAUGCCAGCAAUUUUUACCUCCCUCAGCUGAAGUGACAAACUUUACCGUUGCUUAGCCUCUGAGUUGGUGACGGACCGUAAGAUAGUCUAUCUCAAGCAAAUUAGGAUGAUCAAGCUUCUGAACAAUUUCAAUAAUCUUGGGAUUGACAAGUUGAUGCCCUUAGAAAACUAUCUGCACAAGGUCGAGGGAUCAUGGAUCUUAGUUGUUCUUAUUUCUGAAUAAAUAUUCUGUUUUCGCACAUCUCCAUGCUCCACACCGUUGAAUUAGCAAUUAAUGUGGUAACAGAUUCGAGUUAAAUAAGCAGUGGCUACUCUGAUCUUUGCAGGACAUCAUUUAGACCAGGGAUAUAAUGUAUUUUAAGGGCCCGUUUAAA